CACUAAGCUUUUUCCUAUACUUGUUUUGCUUUCUUUCCAACUAUAUUCUUAAUUUUUUAUAUUGGGGAAUCCUGUAUUAUUUAAGACUAGCUACUACUUUCUAGAGAGAAUCUUAUAGAUAAAAAUCCAUUUUUAUUUUUUUAUAUUUUUUUUUUCUGUGCAACUUGGUAAUCAUCAUUUUGAUCAGAAGCAUCGGCUAUAAUCUUAUAGUGCUGUUUUUUUCUUUUUUCUUUUUUGGGUUUUAUCAUAAUUUUCUUUUGGUGGGUUCUUUUUCUUGGUGAACUAUUAUUAUAUCCAUAUCAGCUAGGUAAGUGGGUAUUCGAAUUUUGAAUUACCCAAAAGUUCUUUAAUUCUUAGUUUGUUUCCAGAUUCUUUAGAAAAUUCUGGGAUCUUGAUCUCUUUGAUAAGAGGAUGGCUUUUCACGAAAUUCAUCCAUGGACAUUGGGUGGUCUUUUAAGAGCCUUCUUUGAUCUUGCUCUUGCCUAUUUCUUGCUUUGCAUUUCGACUUUUAUGUUCUUCGCGUCCAAGUGUUUGAAAAUUGUUGGGCUGUGUUUGCCAUGUCCUUGUAAGGGGAUUUUGGGGUAUCGCAACGGCAAUUUAUGCUGGCACGAAUUGCUUGUCGAAAGGCCUGUUAGAAAGAUCUAUGCUGUUCAGCUUUCUGUGAAGAGUAGGUUCCCUUUCGAUUUGAUUUGGGCUAAGGAUCUAAGUAAGUUAAAUACAAAGUUAAUAGAAGAGGGCAAUUGUGAGAAUGGUUUCCUUGAACUCGAAGGUGAAGCAUGCUCUAGUUCAUAUACGAGUCCAAGAAUGCAAAAUUUGGUUGACAGGGAAGGUGGGUUUGAUGCCAAGGGAAAAAGGAUUAUGAAUCUAAGGCAAAGGUCUGGAUUUCGGCGGCGUAGGAGAGCUACUCUUGAGUAUGGAAAAUUCUCUUCUGCUUCUCAAAAUGAUGGGUUGAGGUCAACUGUUGGUGUUUCCUCUUCCGCAUCUCCUUGUGAUGUCGUUGAAAUUAAAGAUAAAUCCACUGAAAGCUUAACCCUUCAGGAUGAUGUAAAUGCACCAGCUGGGAAAUAUAGAGGUGAGAAAACCUCUGAGGGUAUUGAAUUGAGUGGAUUUUUUGGCGAUAGUAGAGACAUGGAUAAGCAUUUGUUUUCAUUUGGAAAGUACAUAGCUAAUGCUCAAGAAAAUAGACCCAAUCUUGGAUCCGAUACUGAUGCAAUCAGGAUGUUGGAACGAGCACUUGAAGAAGAGAGAGCUGCUUGUGCCGCUCUUCACCUUGAACUGGAGAAAGAGAGAGCUGCUGCUGCAACUGCUGCAGAUGAAGCUAUGGCGAUGAUAUCCCGUCUGCAAGAGGAGAAAGCAUCAAUGGAAAUUGAAUCAAGACAGUACCAAAGGAUGAUAGAAGAAAAAUUUGCUUAUGAUGAAGAAGAGCUAGAUGUUUUGAAAGAUAUCCUUUUUAGGAGGGAAAAGGAAAAUCAUUUUCUGGAGAAGGAAAUUGAAGUAUACAGGCAGAUGGGCAGUCAAAGAACGAUCGGAGUGACAUGUUGGAUGGAUGGAAACCGAUGCCUUUAUCUUUACUUGAUUUAAAUGCAGAUCCACUAUCUACGCAGCAGAAAAUUAUCAAUACUAAAUCAUCCAAUUGUAAGAAAAUGGGAAGCAAAGCAGAUUUGCCUUCAAUUUAUGAGGCUCCAUUGAUUGAGAAACAUGGCCAUCCUAAUGGAUGUGACAUAACUGAGAAAAUAGUUAUUUCAGUAUGGAAGGAAAAUGAACAGAAAGAUAAUGUUAUGUGCCAAGCAAUGACAAGUGAAGCAUCACAAGUUUCUAUAAGCAAUGAAAAAACAAUUUAUUGCGCUGGAGAAGAGCUGCAGCAAGAUGGAAAGCUUAAGGAAAUGGAAAGCUUAAGGACUUCGUAGGCAGUAAGAUGCAAGGUUAAAUGCUUUGAUGGGAUUGAUAGCUGAUAUGCAAGGCAUGACAUUGAUGGUGAAACAGAAAAUUGAAAAGAAGAAAAAAAAAAAAAAAAAAAAAAAAAGGAAAGGAAAGUGGACAAUUUGUUAUGCUGCUAUGGAUGAUUCUUCCGUACCGUCCUCCCACAAUGGAGUUUCUGUACUCUGGUACAGUGAGGUAUUGAAGGAUUGUCUAUGCACAAGCCAGGUGGCAAUUAAACUGACCUAACAUCAUUAAAGGUGGGUUGCAAGCAUUGAAUGAAUUAUAUAUGUGAAACUUUACAUAUUGACUCGGUGAAGAGUUCUUUUUGCUGUAAGUAGUCCUAGGAUGAAGAAUGACUCUGAUGUUGAAUAGGCAUGGAGAAAAUCUACAAAAGCGGUUUAGGAAUUGACUUUUACUGCAGAGUAUCGGAAAAAUGGCCCCCCCCAAAAAAAAAAAAAGGAAGAAAGGAAAAAAGACUUGAGUGUUAUCCAUUGGAAGAGGUAAUGGUUUAGCUUGAUGACCUUAUAUUUAAGAGUGUAGAGAUUCCACGCAACAGGCAUCCUUCAUCUGAUAAGGUGAAACUUGGCAAAGCAUGUGUUGGGAAUCCUUCAAAAGAUGAACAGGGAAAAUACCAGCCAGAUGUUUGAAAAGUAUUCAGAAUUUGUAAAACAAAACUCUACAGUAGUCCACUGUAAAUUAGCCUUGGUAGGUAGUUGGAUUCAGGCUGUUAUGACCACCAAGAAAUAAAUCCAACUUUUGUACAGUCAAAUCUUUAAAAUCUUGAUGAAAGUGGUUUCCAAAGAUGCUGUAUUUAAAAUCAUCUGUCCCACAUUGUCUUGCCUUGGCAGACAGGAAAAGGAAAAUAAAAAAAUAAAAUGUGCUGCCAAAUCAUACCCAUCGUUAUUCUUUAUAGGUGCGUUGGGGGGAGGUUGUAUUUACAGCAAAAAGGGUAUCUAAAAUCAAAUCGAUGUAAUUAUAUAGUCUUUUAAGCUUUCCCUUAAAAUGGAGAAUAGGGCAGCUUUUCUUUUUGCCAUUUUCCUUUUUAUUACAGAAGAGAAUUAUUGGCCAAGGCAGUGUCUAAGAACAAAUCCUAAUCCAAUGUUUUUGUGAGCUUUUUUUGAUUCAACAAAGCUUCAUGUGCUAUCACUUACAGUGGAAAAAGCAGGCCAACUUGCAGUCAUUCUAACGAGCAAGGCAAGCAACAUUCCUAGUUCAUGAAUAUGCUUGUUUUUCGGCCGAUCAAGAAUAUAUUCAAAUUCUUAUUCUUGUAAUAAAUAAAUAUUCGUCCAUUUGAUAAAGUUUCCUAUUUGUUACUAUUAAUGGCCAUUUGAUAAAGUUUCCUAUUUGUCACUA